AUGCAGCAAUGCUUCGUGAUGGUGCUUCUGGUGCAGUCUGGGCUGGUAUCUGAAGCAGGUGGGCCGGAAGCGGGUCGCCUGGUGGCUGUCUGCGUGGCUGGUGCUGUUCAGAGCGGGGACCAAGUUUUCCACUCUGACUUUGAGCCUCUGCGAUCCCUGCAUGGGGUUUCAGUGUUGCAUCUUCUUGACCGCUUCGUCCUGGAGCCUCUGGACGCUGAUGCGCUCUUCUUCCUGUCGCACCCUCCCGGCUACGUGCCAUCAGCGAACUUUCAGGCUCACAUCACCUCCUCGUCUAGAGUCCGGUUGGUGACGUUUGACAACCAGACGAGCAGUGCAGGUUGGCUUGGACUCCUUCACCGCGGGCACACGGAGAACAAAUCGUACUUACCAUACCUUUUGCAAGGCCGUGCCAAGCGUGGGCGGCCUUUCAAGAAUCAGCCCAUGAAUCGUCAAUGGGCUCAUUGCAUGCAGGCACUUCGUGACAUUGAAGGCAACAGGGGCUUUCAGUACGACUACGUCGCAUUCACUCGCGUGGAUCACGCCUGGACGGCUGCACAUCCGAACGUGACCCUGUUGGAUGCGAGCAGGUGCCCUGGCCGCCCGACGGUCUGGUCUCUCGAUUCUCAUGAGUACUCCGGGAUCAACGACCGAUACUUCAUUAUGGAGAGGGCUGGGGCGCCAGUGAUGGAAGACUUCGUGGCGACCUUGAACUCAUGGAAGCUCCUUGAGGAGGUAAACCGUUUUGCAAGAUUGCGGACCUCGUCUUCUGCCUCCGCACCACUGAAUUACGAGCGCUUCUUGCUUCAGAUGCUGCGAUUUGCCGGUCUCUGCAUCCGCUACAUGACCUCGGUGGCCGACCACCUUGCAUGGCCGGAUAGACUUUCCUUCCUCUUUGCAGAAGUCUGGCAUCAAGGGGGCACGUGGGAGGUGAGCCAAGAACCAUAUCUGCGGGUGACUGGCUGUGAGCACGUACCUGCGCAUUGUUGCCGCCCAGACUUGCUGGAAUUUGGCGGAGAUCUUUGGUGUCUCCACGGUUUGUGGCGGCGCCAUGGGAAAUGUCGCCGUCAGCGGGGUAAGCUGGGCCUGCCACAAUAUCCAGGUGAUUAUGUUCACGAGCGGGAGCGCAUUGUGGACACCCACUGCAGUGGGGCCCAGAACUUUGUCAGGGCGUGUUGCCAGCAGCCCCAGCACGUGAGCCUGAAGAUCCGGCCCUCGGAGCUGGUGCUGAAGAGUUGGCGACUCGCUUCCAAAAGCUCCGACGACGGACCCGGAGCCAGGUACCACUGCCUUCAUGCACGGGACUGGGAGUGGAGGGCCCAGCGGCCUCCCUGGCAGCUGAUCGGCUUAGCGCAGUGCUACGAUCUCGGGGUGCUCACGUGA